CACACACAGCAACAUUUCUGCAAACCCAUAAUAAUAUGACUAGAAGCUGUACCAAGUCUUUUCUACCAUCUCAACCUUGACACUUGGUGGUGCUAUAACAGGAAAAACAUCACACUGACUGCAGUUACAGAACUCUUUUUGUUUUUAAGAAACCACGUGAUCUUCAACAUCAAACCACAUCCUGACCCUCAGUGAAUGAAAUGAUCUGCUACACUGGGUGACCAUCAACUACCAAUCAGCAGAGGAGCACACAGACACACACACACACACAGGCAGGCUGAGUGGACAGACAACAGAAGGUCAGAUACGAUGAUGUGUGUCUUGCUUCUGGCUCUGCUGGUCUCUCAAGUUUGCUGUGAUAUGAAUCUAGAUGUGUACUGGAUGUCCUGGAAAAAUGAAUUCAGUAAAAAUUACAACAGUGUGAGGGAGGAAGCAUACAGAAGAUCAAUCUGGGAGCAGAACGUUUUGAAAGUGAGGAAGCACAAUGAAGAAGCAGCAGCAGGACAACAUACCUUUACCACUGGGAUCAACCACCUUUCAGACAUGACAACAGAAGAAGUCAAUGCUAAACUGAAUGGUCUGAGGGUGGAGAAAUUUUCUUCUGAGGAUGUUAAUGAGAAUUUCACCUUUCUUGGUGAUUACCCUGUCCCCUCCAGUGUGAACUGGACUGAGGAUGGAUUUGUCACCCCUGUGAAGAACCAGGGUGAAUGUAACUCAUGCUGGGCAUUCAGUGCAGUUGGAGCUUUAGAAGCUCAAAUGAAGAAGAAGAAGGGUCGUCUUGUUCCUCUGAGUGUUCAGAACCUGGUGGACUGCAGUUUUGAGGAGGGAAACCACGGUUGCACUGGAGGAUACGUGACUAACGCCUUUAAUUAUAUUGUAAACCAAAGGGGCAUCAGCAAGGAGUCCGUGUACCCUUAUACUGGAAAGUUGGGGAAUUGCCAUGCUAAUAAAACAUAUGGACGCUGUUCUGGUUUCCGAGUCCUUCAACGUUAUAAUGAGUUUGAGCUGCAGAAGGUAGUGGCUAACAUUGGACCGGUUGCAGUGGGAAUUAAUGCUAGUGAUUCCACAUUUCACCAUUACCAGACUGGUAUUUAUAACUACACUUGUGAAGGUGAAGGAGUGAAUCAUGCAGUUCUUGUGGUUGGAUAUGGAAAAGAAGGUGGGCAACAAUACUGGCUGAUCAAAAACAGUUGGGGUGUUGAUUGGGGAGAAGGAGGAUAUAUGCGACUCCAGAGAAACAACAACAAUCAGUGUGGAAUCGGCACCUACAGCGUCAUCCCCAUUGUCUGACCUCAUUUCUCUCAUAUCAUAUUUGACUUUUUUUACUUUCCUUGCUGUUAUUUUAGCUUCUUUAUGUACGUGUGCCUGCAACAUCCGGGGAUCGAGAGGAAAAAGUAUUCCUGCUCUUACAAUGAACGAAAUCCAGAGUCGCUUAUAUUGUAUACUGUAUAAUCUAUUAUUGGAAAUAAAUAUUUUGAUGUUACUGUA